GAUGGCCAGGCUGAUAUUCUGUACAAAUUUUGGACUGCAGUAACUCAGACACUUUCCUCUCAGUUUCAGUCAGCAACAGAUUCCUCUAUGUUUUUGAAACAAGCUUUUGAAGGAGAAUACCCUAAAUUACUGAGGCUUUAUAAUGACUUGUGGAAGCGCCUGCAACAAUAUAGUCAAAAUAUUCAGAGGAAUUUUAACACAAGUGGAACUACUGAUCUCUUUGCUGAACUACAACAAAUGGAAGAAGAUACACAGGACAUAUUCAUGCAAAAAACCCAAGAUUAUGAUCCAGAAAAAGCCUUGAAAGAUUCACUGCAACAGUAUGAAGCUGCUUAUUUGUCAAAAUCCUUAUCUCGACUUUUUGACCCCAUCAAUCUUGUCUUCCCUCCUGGAGGUCGGAAUCCGCCUUCUUCUGACGAGCUUGACAGCAUCAUUAAAACUAUAGCCAGUGAGCUAAAUGUCGCUGCUGUUGAUCCAGACCUGAGUUUAGCUGUGGCAAAAAAUGUGGCAAAGACCAUUCAGCUCUAUGGUGUAAAGUCUGAGCAGCUUGUAGAUUUGAAUGGUGAAAAACUGAAAUGUGCAGAC